AUCGAUAAUGGCGACUGCUUCGGUUGGGUUGUUGCUGCGGCGGCAAAUUUUCGGUAAACAAUUCUUGGGAAAGAAACUUUAUAAACCAUUUGACCAAAUAAAGGCAACAGUAAUCCUACUCAACAAAUUUCCUAACUAUUCAUAUUCUACACAAGUUCAACAAUAUAAAGAUGUGACAGUUAGUUUAAGGAAUGGCCUUCCUGUUGUUUCUGUGCCUUUACCAUCUCGUCGAGAAAAUUGUGAAUUCACCCUAAAGCCUAUAACUCACACUGUUGGAGAUUUCCUGAAUUUUAUUCAACAAGAAGAUGGUGGUAUUGACAGAUCUGCAAUAUACACAUCAGAUGGGAACAGGAUUGCUAAAUCUACUACUGUUGAUAUUCUUAUGAAGAAUAAUUUUACUUUAUCCAUCAAUGAUCAAAAAUAUCAAGUUAACCCUCCUGAGCUUAUAACAACUACACAUGAAGAUGCUGAAACAAUGGAUGAUGUUAAAACGUUAGUUUCACAACUGUAUUCUGCAUUAAAUAUAGAACAACAUCAAUUACAAACGGAGAAAGAAUUAGUAGCCAAGUUAGAAGAUUUGAAAGUACAAAUAGAACCAUUAGAAAAAACAAAAGAUGAAUUAGUACAACAGUCGGGUCAAUUUACCCGUGGGUUAAUCUGGGUAGGAUGUGGAUUUAUGGCAGUACAAUUUGGUAUCUUAGCUAGAUUAACAUGGUGGGAUUAUUCCUGGGAUAUUAUGGAACCUGUUACAUACUUUAUUACAUAUGGUACUUCUAUUGCCAUGUUUGCUUACUUUGUUUUAUGUAAACAUGAAUGUAAUUACGGUGAAGUGAAAGACAGACAGUUUUUGUUAAAGUUCUAUAAAGAAGCCCAGAAAAAGAAUUUUGAUAUAAAAAAAUAUAAUGAUUUAAAAAAUAAUAUAGCAAUAAUUGAAUCAGAUAUACAACGUUUACGUGAUCCUUUACAGUUACACCUUCCAUUACAAGAAUUAAAGAGGAUUAAAGGCUAAUCUAUCUGUAAAUUAUGUUGAAUAAUGAAAUAGAAAUUGAUAGACAUCAGAGUGUUGAUACUCAAGGAGCUAGAAGAUCAAAUACUGAAAGAAUUAAGAUUCAGAAUUGAAGUUUAUUCUACGUUUAAAAGGGCUUUCUUGGGUACUGCUGAAUACAUAUUUGAAAAUUGUGGGAAAGGAUUGACUUCAGUCUCAUAUUUAAGAGGUGCCAUAUCCCCUUUGGUAGAAAAAAAUGAAAAAGUUAUUUUACUUUCACUGCCAAAAUCUUGUUGGAUGCAUUUUCGGUCUUCCUAGAUUAGAAAUUUUUCCCAGACCCCACAACGCAACCAGUAAGGGUAUUCAGGGUGCAGAGUGAUGUACAUCAUUUGAAAUUAUAUAGGAAAUGAUUUGACAAUAAUGCAAUCACCUAGCAGGACUUCAUUUGGCUGCCAUGUCUUGUUAGACUUCCAAAAUAUUAAAUUUUAAUUUUUAUGAAAAUAUGUAUCAACAUAGGAAGUCAGUUUUUUUAAGGAUUUUUCAAAUAUUGACUUGAUAAUCAGAAUUAGGGUGCUAAAAUGUUUUUCUGGGAAAAUAUCAAAUUAAAGCCCCAUGAAAGCAAAAUAUAUACCAGAUAUGCUUUCACAAUGUGUAUUAAAUUCUAUUUCAUUAUUGAUAAAACACCCAAUUUUUAUAGAAAUAUUUCUUUGUAUAUAACUGGUGAUAUUCAAUAGAAAUUCCAUUUAUAUUUGAACAUCAAAUGGAAAGAUAAUAUCAAGUUAACAAUACAAAAGCAUACACCUUUUUGUUUGAACAUAACUAUAUAAAAAUAACUUUCUUGACAAUAGUUUGAAUACAAAGAAAUGUUCCUAACAGGGCAAAAAACAUGAUAGAUGUAGCAGCAUAUUAAUUGUUUUCUUCUUGUUAAUGCAUUAGACUAUUACUAAGUCUUGUCUACAGUUAGAAGUGUUUAUUUUGGAAUUUAAAAGGAAUUUCGGGAAAUUAUUUACCAAUUAAAAACCUACCUAUAACCAGUCAAAUUUGAACUUUUCUAAAUUGAAAAAAAAGAUAGUUUUAGUGGUAUUUUAAAGGUGGGAAUAGAUGAGGUGUAGUGUAGGCUGCUGAAUGUCAGUACAGUAGAAAAUAGAAUAGGUACAUUGUAUUCGCUUUCAGACACAAUGAUUUGCUUCUACCAGUUUAUCCUGUAUUGAUAAAAAGCAUCAAGAGCAACCAACACUACCUUGUUUAUUUGCUUGCACCUUUUUUGUUAAUGACAUCAUUAAAAUAUUAGAAUUGUUUGCCUUUUUCCUAAAAAAUAACAUUAGAAGUAUCAUUGUUAAACAUGAUCACUUCUGUACUGGGUUGUGAUAAAAACCAAAUUAACACUUCUACACAAUGUUAUAUAAAAAGUUCUGUUUUAGAGUUAUUUGUUUUUGUUGAUAUUUGUAUAGUUAAACCAUUUAUAGUCUUCAUUAUAUAGUCUUGUAUGAUAUUCUUCAAAUAUAAAAGAGAAUGCUAAGAAACCUAUUUUUGGCCAUAGGGUUUCAAAAUAAAACUAUAGCUGUUACUGAACUACUAUUUCGGAGGCUUUAUACUAACAUAGACAUUAUUGUAAAAAAAAAAACAAUGAAAAAUUUCUUCCAGAGAGAAGUUGCUAACAUGACAUGACGAUUCUUGAAUUAUCUGAUCUUUCUUUUGACUGUGAUAUGUGGUUGAAGUGGGUUAGAAUAUGCAUGGUACACAUAUGAUCAUAAUUCCUUUUAUUUCGUAGAGGUGGUUUGUUUUCAUUUCGGGUUUAAAGGAACCUUGCAUGAUGUGUGAUAUGGGUUUAUUAGGUGUUCAUAUUCAUAAAUACUAUCUAUUCUGGGUCUUUAACAUCUGACACACAAUUUAUAUUGAAAACAUAUAAUGUCAUUUUAUAAAAAUAAUUCAAGAAGGAACAUGUUACUUGAAAUCUUUUAUAUAUGAUGAGAAUUAUAGGGUAUUUUUACAACAGUUGUUGUUAAGUGCUGUACCUAAUCAGACUUUAGUCAAACUCAGGGCCUUUCCACCAACCACCAUUUUAGUUUCUUUGAAUCCUUAUUUACCAUUGAAUUAUUAUUGUAGGUGUAGAUGUGUGUUAUUUGAAUUAAGUUAAUAUAUUACAUCAUUAUUUAUGAUUUAUUUACAUUAUUAUAAUUUGUUAUUAUUGAUAGUUUCACAAAAUUUAUGACCUUAUUUUAGAUACCAGUAUUUUUUCUUUUCUAAGCUUCAUAUCAUCCUACUUCAUAUACAUAAAACACAAUUUCAUAGGUAGUCGAAUUCUGUAAAAUGGCAUUUGUUCAAUAAUACAUUGCGAGUGUGAAAAUCAUGCUUGUGUUAUUUCAGAAAAAAAAACCAAUUGCUUGUGUAGCCAUGAGAAAUUGUUAAUAAUAGCAUUUGACUGGUUUGUGUAUAUGAAGUCUAUUGAAACCAUAUCUUGUCUGAGUAACUACUUACUAUAAAUACUAUACUAGACUAUACAUUGCUUUAUGUCAUUUGACAUAAGACAAGAAAGGAACUCAGACAUGAAAUGGAUAUUCAAGAUGAUCUCUUUUUGUGCUAUUUAUAUAUUUUUCUAUGCAUGAUGAUUAGUUUUGUUUUAUAUUUCUAUUUAAAUUGAAUUCCUCUGUUAUUUCAAUCUCUUUAUUUUCUCUAAUGAGUGUUGAUUUAACAGUGAAUUGUUGUUCAAUAUUAUUUCAUACUGAAGAUGAAGCUUACUCUGCCUUAUAAAGAUCUGAUGGUUGUUUAAAAAACAUAAUCCCAAGUAAAUUAUAGAAAUUUAUAAUAAAAUUUUAAUUAAAUACUAUAUAUGACAUACAAGAUAGUAGAAUAAAGUUUUGAAAUUGUAAAGAAAAUUACAGUAAACAUACAUUUUGUUAUAUUUGAAGUUCAAUUGUUAUCAAGAAAACUUAGAGAAUAAGUAAUUGUAAAUUAGGAUAAGAUUCAAAUAAUAUGUUCUACUCAUAACUAAUCAACAUAUUGUGAUAUUAUAUAGUCUAUAAAACUCUAGAUUUGAUAUGAUGGAUCUUAUGAAUGUUGUGGCAAAUAUACUUCUGAUGAAUACAUUCAACUACAUGUAUGUGAAAAAUGAUCAUUUAUAAAUAGGGUCAUAUACUUUCUCCCUUUCAAGUUUUGUUUUAGUUAAUUGCCAACAUUGUUUUUGGACCUUACAAGCCCUUGUUAGUAUAAAAGUAGCAGUCUGUAAAAUUUUCAUUUUUAAAAGCGUCAUAAAUAAUACCUGAGAAUAUUUCUAAAAUAUGUAUCUAAUCAAUCAAACUAAAUUUGUUUUAAAAGGGUUUUAAAGGGCUGGAUUUUCUAAGUUAAAACUUUCAGAUACUUUUAACUCAAGAUUUGGGACUUAACAUGAAUUUGAGCAAAAAAAGAUAAUGCCCUUAACUAAAUGUUAUCAAAUGAAACAAUUUGUUAUUAAUCUUUCUUAAUAUUUGUUUCUCGCUUUUCUGAAUUCAACUGUGAUUUUGUUUUUCCAAGCUUUUUCACUGGUUAUGCAAAUAUGUUUGUAAAAAAUGCACUAAAGAUUUAUAUUAUAAAAAAUUUAAAAGUC